AUGGACAAUGAAACUAUGCCACCAUACUUUUAUUUCACCAUAUUUAAAAGUUAUGAAAACAUAAGAGCUCUGUAUUUUCUAAUAACAAUAUCGGCAUACUUUCUGAUUAUAGUUUUUAAUACAAGUGUCCUGCUGGUUGUAUUGAAGGACAAGUCUCUUCACGAGCAGCCCAUGUAUCUGUUGAUGUGCUGCCUGCUAUUCAACUCACUGUACGGCAGCUCUGUGCUGUUUCCAAGGCUUUGUGCUGACCUGCUGUCUACAACUCAUGCAAUAUCCCGACCAGCAUGCUUCACACAAAUAUUUGUUAUUUACACCUAUGCAAUAUCUGAAUACACUAUUUUAACUGUGAUGGCAUAUGACAGAUAUGUGGCCAUAUGUGACCCUUUGCGAUAUCAUGACAUCAUGACACAGAGAAAGAUACUUUUGCUUAUUUUAUGUGCUGUUUCCUAUGCAGUAUUUUUUAUUGUUAUCGGCGUCUACUUAUCUGGAAGGCUACCUCUUUGUGGCAAUAAGAUACCCCGAUUAUACUGCUCAAACUGGUCUGUAGUAAGACUCUCCUGUGUUUCUACAGUAAUUAACAAUAUAUUUGGUUUUCUUCUUACAAUAACUACAGUCUGUCUGCCUGCUGGUUUCAUAUUGUUCACAUACAUCCGGAUUCUCAUUGUCUGCAUAAAAAGCACAGCAGAGCAUAGAGGCAAAGCACUGCAAACAUGUCUACCGCACAUUGUCAGUUUUGUUACCUAUUCAUGUGCAACAUUUUCUGAUAUCGCACUCAGUCGGUACGAGCCUGGGCAAAUACCAACAGCAGUCGUUUUGAUACUUUCUCUUGAAUAUCUUGUGAUUCCACCUUUACUAAAUCCACUGUUGUACGGCCUAAACUUGCCAGAUAUUCGAAGGAAAAUUCUGUCUGUACUGAAAGGUUCUCAUAGAGUUUCUGUGAAAUGA